AUGUCAUUGGUAACGACCGCAUGUAUCCUUUAUAACUACAUCCUCCUUGCCUACACCCUGGUUCACACUCGAUCAGAUGUUGUGCCUGCCGACUUCCGAGCCGCUGCAAGGCAGCAAAUAUCCUUUUACAACGUGACAACCUUUGUUGAUCAGAAGGUUACUUCUAUUCAGCCUCUCAACAACAGCUUCAGUGCUACAGUAGCCAAUGGCACAACGUUUACAGCGCGCAAGGUUAUCUUGGGUAGCGGGCUGAAAGAUGACCUUCCCGAUGUCCCCGGGCUCCGUGACGCCUUUGGCAAGGGUAUUUUCUGGUGCCCGUGGUGUGAUGGCUUCGAGCACCGUGACCAGCCAAUAGGCGUCCUCGGAAACCUAUCAGAUGCCUAUGAUAGCGUCAGGGAACUGCAUCCAACGCUCAACAAGGACAUACGAGUCUAUUCUAACGGUACCAACAACACAGACCAACUCACGCGCAUUGCCAGCAAGGAUCCGAACUGGGAAGCAGUAUUCAAGGCAUACAAUGUCACAACUAUGGACAAGCCGAUCCAGAACAUCACACGCGUCCAGAACGGGAGUGUCACCCAGGAUCAGGCUAGUCGUAAAGAGUUCGACAAGUUCCGAGUCUACUUCACGGAUGAAACCUUCGAGGAGCGGGGUGCUUUCAUUACAAACUACGCAACCUCACAGGCUUCCGAGCUGCCGAGCCAGUUGGGUGUAGGGCUUUUGGGAAGCAAAAUCAACACAACGGCUCGGGGUCUGCGAACAACUGUUAAAGGAGUGUGGGGCAUCGGCGAUGCCAACAGUGACAACAGCACCAAUGUUCCCCACGCGAUGUCCAGCGGAAAGACAGCGGCUGUGUAUUGUCAUGUUGAACUAGCUACCGAAGAGUUGGCGCGGACUAGCGGGAACUCAGCAAAAAGAGACCUGAUCAAGGACGGACUUGCACAUGAGCGUGUGGAACAACAGAUGGGCAAUGAGAUUGAAGACAUCUAUAACAGAUUGAGACGGCGUUAA